CAGACCCUUUUUGUCUCUCGAUUGCUGUCUCCCGACCAAACUCCGAUGUGUUCCGUUAUCAGCGACCUAAAGGCUGCCAUUCCAGCACCUGUCUUGCUAGGGAUCGGUGGAUAGUAUACGAUCAGAAAGCAGACAAGGACAUAGGAGGAGAGAGAGCUCUAGAGAGACAGCCAGGGAUAGGCACAGAGAGCUGUGAAGUAAUUGGAUUCAAUGGACGAAAUGCUGCUGUUGACAAGAAUUCUCUUGGUGGGCUUCAUCUGCGCUCUUUUAGUCUCCUCUGGGCUGACUUGUGGACCAGGCAGGGGCAUUGGAAAAAGGAGGCACCCCAAAAAGCUGACCCCGUUAGCCUAUAAGCAGUUUAUUCCCAAUGUGGCAGAGAAGACCCUAGGGGCCAGUGGAAGAUAUGAAGGGAAGAUCACAAGAAACUCCGAGAGAUUUAAAGAACUAACCCCAAAUUACAACCCUGACAUUAUUUUUAAGGAUGAAGAGAACACGGGAGCUGACAGACUGAUGACUCAGCGCUGCAAGGACAAGCUGAAUGCCCUGGCGAUCUCGGUGAUGAACCAGUGGCCCGGGGUGAAGCUGCGGGUGACCGAGGGCUGGGACGAGGAUGGCCAUCACUCCGAGGAAUCGCUGCACUACGAGGGUCGCGCCGUGGACAUCACCACGUCGGAUCGGGACCGCAGCAAGUACGGAAUGCUGGCCCGCCUCGCCGUCGAGGCCGGCUUCGACUGGGUCUACUACGAGUCCAAGGCGCACAUCCACUGCUCCGUCAAAGCAGAAAACUCAGUGGCAGCGAAAUCAGGAGGCUGCUUCCCUGGCUCAGCCACAGUGCACCUGGAGCAUGGAGGCACCAAGCUGGUGAAGGACCUGAGCCCUGGGGACCGCGUGCUGGCUGCUGACGCGGAUGGCCGGCUGCUCUACAGCGACUUCCUCACCUUCCUCGACCGGGAGGACAGCUCCCGAAAGCUCUUCUACGUCAUCGAGACGCGGCAGCCCCGGGCCCGGCUGCUACUGACGGCGGCCCACCUGCUCUUUGUGGCCCCCCAGCACAACCAGUCGGAGGCCACAGGGUCCACCAGUGGCCAGGCGCUCUUCGCCAGCAACGUGAAGCCUGGCCAACGUGUCUAUGUGCUGGGUGAGGGCGGGCAGCAGCUGCUGCCGGCGUCUGUCCACAGCGUCUCAUUGCGGGAGGAGGCGUCCGGAGCCUACGCCCCACUCACCGCCCAGGGCACCAUCCUCAUCAACCGGGUGUUGGCCUCCUGCUACGCCGUCAUCGAGGAGCACAGUUGGGCCCAUUGGGCCUUCGCACCAUUCCGCUUGGCUCAGGGGCUGCUGGCCGCCCUCUGCCCAGAUGGGGCCAUCCCUACUGCCGCCACCACCACCACUGGCAUCCAUUGGUACUCACGGCUCCUCUACCGCAUCGGCAGCUGGGUGCUGGAUGGUGACGCGCUGCAUCCGCUGGGCAUGGUGGCACCGGCCAGCUGAGAGUGGCUGGAGAGGGACAGAGACAGAGUGUGGGAGAGAGA